AUGGCCAGCUGGAGUGAAUCCGCUGACAAUGAUUUGGUGAGAUUCAUAUCUGAAUUUGGGGUAAUAGGCUUACAAGAAACUUGGUUAGCUUCUGAGGAUGAACUAGUGCAACUCAAUAAUGCCUUAUUUAUUUUCACUGCUGUGUUUCCUUUCCUUCAGCAACGUGAGCUGAACUCCUUCCUGUGGACUAUAAAGAGAGAACCACCAUCUUACCUUUUUGGUACCAUUCAUGUCCCGUAUACUCGAGUCUGGGAUUUUAUCCCUGAGAAUUCUAAGAAAGCAUUCAAGGAGAGUCAUGUUGUCUACUUUGAGCUGGACCUCACAGAUCCCUACACAAUCUCUGCUUUGACCAGUUGCCAGCUCCUACCGCAGGGCAAGAACCUUCAGGAUGUGCUCCCCAGGGACCUCUAUCGCCGACUCAAGCGCCACUUGGAGUAUGUCAAGCUGAUGAUGCCUUCCUGGAUGACACCAGAUCAACGAGGCAAAGGCCUGUAUGCAGACUAUCUCUUCAAUGCCAUUGCAGGCAACUGGGAGAGGAAAAGGCCCGUUUGGGUCAUGCUGAUGGUGAAUUCUCUGACUGAGGUGGACAUCAAGUCACGGGGGGUGCCUGUCUUAGAUCUGUAUCUGGCUCAGGAGGCAGAACGUCUCCAGAAGCAGACUGGAGCAGUGGAAAAAGUAGAGGAACAAUGUUAUCCGUUGAACGGUCUCAAUUUUUCUCAG